AUGUCCGGGGCGCCCUUAUCCGCGCCACUGUUACCCUCUGCACCAUUUCCAAAUGAUUCUGGCUCUACGAGGCCAACAAGGGUGCAGCUCCCGAAUACGGACCGCUUGUUCGCAGACCCUGCCGCUGACGAGACAACCGAUCCGACGGACAACGCGAGAGGGUUGCCUGGACAAGUAUCGUGCGCUGGAUUCUUGCUUGUGGCUUGCUUGGUCGCGAUUACGAUGAUAUGUCGGGAGGCUAUCCAAGGCGCGACGAAAAGCUUUUACUGCAGCACGGAUGGCCAGCAUGUGGAUGCCAACAGUCCAGCUCCUCUUGGUUGCGCGAUACCCUUGGCGACAGCGGCGAUACUUUGCAACCUCGCCGUCGUUGGAGGUUUGGUUUGUGUGGGGCGCUUUGCGUGGCGGUCUGGGGGCUUGGCUGACGGAGAAGUCGCAGAACUGCGACGCGCAAGUUUGAUUGCUGAUCUGCAAGUGUGGCGAAGCAUGAGUGCCAAGGUCCUGCUCAUGGCCGGCUUGACGUACUUGGUUGCUGGGCCUGCGUGUGCAGGCUUGGCAAAGCUGGCUCUCAUUUUCCUCGCCACAGGUUUCAUCACCCUCUAUGCCACGGCGCUGUUUUUUGACCAGGAUUUUGAUCAGGUGCGGAUGUCACCGAGACUAAUGAGAUUUCUUGUUGUGUACAUCCUCGUCGGCUUGACGUUCACUGCGCUUGCCUGCGGAGCCACACAAAGAGCAGGAGGAGCUACUUCAAAGCGAGGUCUUUCUGGAUCGCGCGAUCCAGGCGAGACCAGCGGUCUCGGCGGAAACGUCGUAGGCCCUGGUGAUGUGGAUUACUUCGCAAAUGUUUGCACAGCUCUGGGCUGGCAGCAAGUUGCGCCACCCAGGUGCACUAUUCCCUUGGAUUUCGCCUCCGGUGUAUCUCUAUGGUGGGCUGCAUCGCCAGUUUUCGCGGUGCUGCUCCCCACGCCGAGGGAGUCCAACGCAGCAGGAGGCACGUACCGACGCUUCCUGCAACGGUGGCGGAAGCAUAUCGACGGGGUUGUGCUGCUUGUCCUCAUUGUGCUUCUGGUGCUUUGUUACCAACCGUGUGCGCACAUAGCGCCCAUUGCAUAUGGCAAUGCUGAAAUGGGAGCCUGGGGGGUUUCCUUGCUGACGCUCCUGCGUCGGGUGUCGCCGCUGAGCUGUGACGGGUGGAGGGGUCCUUUGUCACACCUGCGCAAUCCGCCUCCACGGCAGACCGUCGUGCAAUGCUCCGUGUGCUUGCAGGACUUACAAGCUACGGAGGACUUGUGCCAGACGGCCUGUGGCCAUGAAUUUCACCGCAGUUGCUUGGAGGACUGGGUCCAUUCCAAAAGAUAUCAACAUCCUGGAUGCCCGUUGUGCAGAGAGUCUCUCGUCAAAGAGGACUCCGAUCCAGCGCAUUUACUCCUGACGCGCGAGUGGCUCUUUUGA